AUGAAAGCGAGUUUGACGAUAAAUCUGUUUCAUUGCGGGAGUGGUAACGAGUGGUGUACUAGCAGCAGCUGUAGAAGCGGUGGAAGAAGCAGUAGCAACGACAAUCUUCCUGGAAGAAAUACAAAUGACACUAGUAACAGUAAGAAAAACGGAUAUGACAAUGGUUGUUUCAGUGAGAAAGAGAAAGCGGGAAAUAGAGAGAUAGAAGCCACCAAGACUCUCGUGGAGAGCGGGGCACUGAAAGAUAUGCGGACUUUUGUGCGAACAGCUGAACCGGAAGUUGUGAGAACAAGUGGAGUGCAACGUGCUCCGCCUAAUCGCUCGGCGGGAAGAUUCAAACAGCAGACAACUAAUUUGAUACUUCUCCGAUUGUUAUCUACAGAAAUCGUCGCUGGAGCAACAGCGCAAGAAAGAAGUGUGAAAAAUUCGUUAAGUUGUGUCGCACGUGUACGAAACCGAGUGGUGUGGAACGCAUGA